UGGCCACCCCACAUAGCCUGGUUCCUCUCUAGGUUUCUUCCUAGGUUUUGGCCUUUCUAGGGAGUUUUUCCUAGCCACCGUGCUUCUAAACCUGCAUUGCUUGCUGUUUGGGGUUUUAGGCUGGGUUUCUGUACAGCACUUUGAGAUAUCAGCUGAUGUACGAAGGGCUAUAUAAAUCCAUUUGAUUUGAUUUGAAGAUAACUGACAUCAUAAUUCAACCUUGUUCCCCCCCCCCCCCCAGAGUUCCCAGAUGUCUUGAAAGCACCAUAAAUCCAGAGAAUGCCAGACUUUGAUGACAAAGUUUGAUGACAGAAUUUUCCCACGAAGGACCGCCACGCCACCUUCCUGUUGAAGUGGGCACAGAACAACAAGAGACUAGGCUAUUCAACUAGGGACAUGAGUCAUGACUUCAUAGAUUACGGCGUGCAACGUCUGUCCAGUGAGUCUACCUUCCCCAUGACAAGUCACUAUGGCUGCGAUGCGGACAAUCCUCCUGUCCUGUCUUCUUUUCACAUGCGGGAAAGUUCUGGGGCUGUCAGGAAACUUUUGGCACAUCACGGAUAUUCACUGGGACCCAACCUAUAAACACACCGAAAAUCCUGAGCUUGUGUGUGCUUCUAGUGGAAAACGUCCUGUGCCCAGUGCGGGACAAUUUGGAGACUACCUCUGCGAUGCGCCAUGGGACCUUAUUAACUCCACAGUGUAUGCAAUGAAAUACAUUCUGCCAGAUCCGGAUUUCAUCGUCUGGACAGGAGAUGACACGCCGCAUGUCCCGAAUGAGGAUCUGGGAGAAGAGGAGGUUCUCUCCAUUAUCAGCAACCUCACCCACAUCAUAAAGCUUGUUUUUCCAAGUACUAAAGUGUACUCAGCGCUGGGGAAUCAUGACUACCAUCCGAAGAGCCAGCUACCCCCAGUCCAGAACAACAUCUAUGAACAGACAGCACAGCUGUGGCAGGGCUGGUUGGAACCAGAGUCUCAAAUAACCUUCCGCACAGGUGGAUACUAUACAGAGAACCUGCUGAACCGACCAGGUUACAGGGUUGUAGUCCUCAACACUAACCUAUACUAUGACCAGAACAAGGUCACAGAAAACAUUGACGAUCCAGCCGGCCAGUUCAACUGGGCAGACCAAGUUCUUACAGACGCUGCCAACAACAAAGAAAAGGUUUACAUCAUUGGCCAUGUUCCACCAGGGUUCUUUGAGAAGAAGCGAAAUAAGCCUUGGUUUCGACCCAACUUCAACAAACGUUACCUAGAACUGAUCCAGAAGCAUCACUCUCUAAUUAUCGGACAGUUCUUUGGCCAUCAUCACACUGACAGCUUCCGCAUGUUCUACAGCUCGGAAGGUUCCCCCAUCAGUACCAUGUUCCUUACCCCUGGUGUCACUCCCUGGAAGACCACCUUACCCGGGGUAAUAGACGGAGCCAACAACCCUGGGAUCCGCGUCUUUGAAUAUGACACCCAAACUCUUCUAGUCAAAGACAUGGUGACCUACUACCUGAACCUGACCCAUGCCAACGUGGCCCAGGCACGCUGGGAGAAAGAGUACCGCUUCACUGAGAGCUUUCGUGUGCCUGAUGCCUCCCCGGCCUCCAUGCACCAGGCCGUAGAGCGCAUGGCCAGCGACCGCUGCUACCUGCAGAAGUACUACGAGUUCAACUCAGUCAACUACGACCUGACAGAAUGCAACAGUGACUGCCGAGUUGACCACGUGUGUGCUGCUAGAGAGGUAGACUUUGAGAGGACAAUGGCCCAACUCACAUCCAGGCUGUGUAAGGGCUAUUUGACCAAGAAGGAGAGUGAUGGAGUACGGCUUCAGAUGACCUGGCUUCCACAAUCACCCGACCUCAACCCAAUUGAGAUGGCUUGGGAUGAGUUGGACCACAGAGUGAAGGAAAAGCAGCCAACAAGUGCUCAGCAUAUGUGGGAUCUCCUUCAAGACUGUUGAAAACCAUUCCAGGUGAAGCUGGUUGAGAGAAUGCCAAUAGUGUGCGAAGCUGUCCUCAAGGCAAAGGGUGGCUACUUUGAAGAUUCUCAAAUGUAACACUUUUUUUGGUUACUACAUGAUUCCAUAUGUGCUAUUUAACCUCCAAUAGUAAAAUAAAGAAAAACCCUUGAAUGAGUAGAUGUGUCCAAACUUUUGACUGGUACUGUAAGUAUUCAGACCCCAAAAUUGAGCUCAGAUGCAUCCUGUUUCCAUUGAUCAUCCUUAAUAUGUUUCUGCAACAUGAUUGGAGUCAACCUGUGGUAAAUUCAAUUGACUUGACAUGAUUUGGAAAGGCACACACCUGUCUAUAUAAAAGUCCCACAGUUGACAGUGCAUACCAGAGCAAAGACAAAGCCACGAGGUUGAUGGAAUUGUCCAUAGAGCUCAGAGACAGUAUUGUGUCGAGGCACAGAUCUGGGGAAGGAUAUCAAAAAAUGUCUGCAGCAUUGAAGGUCCCCAAAAACCCAGUGGCAUCCAUCAUUCAUAAAUGUAAGAAGUUUGGAACCACCAAGACUAUUCUUAAUGCUGGCCACCCGGCCAAACUGAGCAAUCGGAGGAGAAGGGCCUUUGUCAGGGAGGUGACCAAGAACCCAAUGGUAACUCUGACAGAGCUCAAGAGUUCCUCUGUGGAGAUGGUUGUCCUUCUGGAAGGUUCUCCCAUCUCUGCAGCACUCCACCAUUCAGACCUUUAUGGUAGUGGCCAGACGGAAUCCACUCCUCAGUAAAAGGCACCUAAAGACUCUCAGACCAUAAGAAACAAGAUUCUCUGGUCUGAUGAAACCAAGAUUGAACUCUUUGGCCUAAAUGCCAAGUGACACGUCUGGAGGAAACCUGCCACCAUCCCUACGAUGAAGCAUGGUGGUGGCAAAAUCAUGCUGUGGGGAUGUUUUCAGUGGUAGGGACUGGGAGACUAGUCAGGAUCAAGGGAAAAAUGAACAGAGCAAAGUACAAAGAGAUCCUUGAUGAAAACCUACUCCAGAGCACUCAGGAUCUCAAACUGGCGCGAAGGUUAACCUUUCAACAGGACCACGACUCUAAGCACACAGCCAAGACAACACAAGAGGGGCUUUGGGACAAGUCUUUGAAUGUCCUUGAGUGGCCCAGCCAGAGCCCGGACCUAUUCUAUUGGUCAACUUGUCCUUCUGCUCAAUAAAUAAAUGUUCCAAACAUAGCCUACUCUGGGACAGUCGUAGGAUGCAAUAGAGCCCAAAUUCAUACAACCCCUCACAUCAAAAAAACGUUUAAAAGCAAUGAGGCUUAUGCAACAGGUUAGAACGCUUAGCUUAAAAUGUUGAUAAACUAUUAGGCUAUUUCUUCACAUUAUAAGCGCAGCAAUGCACACAUGGCAGUAGGCUAUAAGUGCAAAUGUUCCUAAAUGCAGUCAAUCAAUGCGAUUGUGUGUAAUGCUUUAUUGUAUAGGUGCAUUUUUAAUGGUGAAAAUGAUCUUCCACAAACUUGAAACUCACACGCCAUCUACGUAUGUAUGCCAGCUUUACAACUACACCGGUUGCAAAGCAAAUUAAGGUGCUUAAUAUUAAGAAGUUAUUUGGCCACUUUAGUUGUGAUUACAAACCUUGUAAAAACACAUAGGCCUGUGGGCUAGGCUACAUGAGGCGUGCAACUAUUAUUUGAAAAAAAGUUGCAAAAAAGGCAUGUGCUGUUUCUUGCCUUACUGCACAUUCUGGGCAUCAUUCACAAUUGAUAAUACAUCCUUCACAAGUGAUACGCUAAUAUUGUCACCCAUCAGACUAUUCUUCAUUUAAUGUUGUCUUUACAUAUACUAAAUCAUGUGUUAAAUUAGUUUUGAUUUACACCGAACAAAAAUAUAAAACACAAUGUGCGAAGUGUUAGUCCCAUGAUUAAUUUGCUGAAAUGAAAGAUCCCAGAAAUGUUCCAUGUGUCAAGAUAAUCCAUCCACCUGACAGAUGUGGCAUAUCGAGAAGCUGAUUAAACAGCAUGAUCAUUACACAGGUACACCUUGUGCUAGGGACAAUGUAAGGCCACUCUAAAAUGUGCAGUUGUCACACAACACAAUGCCAAAGAUGUCUCAAGUGUUGAGGGAGUGUGCAAUUGGCAUGCUGUGACUGCAGGAAUGUCCACUGGAGCUAUUGUCUGAAAAAGUCACGUUAAUGUCUCUACAAUAAGCCAACUCCAAUAUCAUUUAAUUUAUUCAUUUAUUGUUUUACCAGAACACCAUCUGUUGCAUAACCACGUUAGCCUGGUCCCAGAUCUAUUUGUGCUGUCUUGCAUAGUAAUAACCAUAGGAGUUGCCAAGAUAGCACAAACCAAUCUGGGACCAGGAUAUAACAAUGUUACCAUGCAGGAGAAAUAAACAUGUACACAAUACAUAAUGUUGUCAAGGAAUCUAUGACCAUUCUGAAAUUUUUUCCAUGAACUGUUGUCAGGAAAGAUUACUUAAAGUGGUGCUAAUAACAUAUACAGCACUGAUGUAGGGAUUGUGCAUUCCUGGUGUAACUCGGGCAGUUGAUGUUGCAUCCUGUACCUGUCCCACAUGUAUAAUGUUCGGAUGUACCGAUCCUGUGCAGGUAUUGUGCCAUGGUCUGCCACUGUGAGGACGAUCAGCUGUCCGUCCUGUCUUAGGCGUCUCACAGUACGAACAUUACAAUUUAUUGCAAUGGCCACGUCUGCAGUCCUCAUGCCUCCUUGCAGCAUGCCUAAGGCACGUUCACGUAGAUGAGCAGGGACCCUGGGCAUCAUUAUUUUUGGUGUUUUUCAGAUGCAGUAGAAAGGCCUCUUCAGUGUCCUAAGUUUUCAUAACUGUGACCUUAAUUGCCUACCGUCUGUAAAUUGUUGGUGUCUUAACGACCGUUCCACAGGUGCAUGUUAAUUGAUUGUUUUUUGUUCAUUAAACAAACAUGGUAAACAGUG